GAUAUCUCGAAGCCCCACUAUUACUGCUUUUGCGUAUGAUCUCUCUCUUCAACCUUUGUUGGGAACAAAAAAUAAACGAAUAUAAAAAUACAAUAAAAGCGAAUAUGUCGAUUGAAGUCAAAAUUGUAUCAUUUACAAACAGUUCAUAAUCAGGUAAGGUGCACAGAAGAAAAAAAUGAAGAAUAACGAGCCGCAUGUCCUCACAGGGGAAGAUGCUGUAUAAGCGUACACUCUGGUAAGCAUGAAAUUCAUUUACAUCAAUGUUUCUGCUGUAAACAGAUCUUUUUAUGAGUAGAUCUCAAAUUCAAAGCAAUGCACGUAAACUUGAGAUCCGAAGAAACAGGAAAAAUUGGGGGAUCUGCUGAUGAUUUGAGAUUUCGCCAAUAGAAGGCAAAAUCUCUGCGACUAAUCAAAUGGCUACGUCGGAAACCCCAGCCCCCGAUUCCUCUCGCCUAGGGCCCAUAAUAAGCCCUGCUCUGGACAAGAUCAUAAAAAACGCGUCAUGGCGCAAGCACUCCAAGCUCGUUCAGGAAUGCAAAGUAGUGCUCGAAAAGCUCUCGGCCACAGAACCAUCGGUCGAAACACAGGAACAAGAGACUGAAAACCUCACUGUCAGUCCGAUUGUAGAUGGCCCCAUUUCCUUCAAUUUAUCUGACUCAGAGACCAUACUGAAACCCUUAAUUGUGGCUUGCGAAUCUGGGAACCUGAAAAUUGCGGAGCCUGCGCUAGACUGCAUACAGAAAUUGAUAGUCCACGGUCACAUCAGGGGCGAGGCCGAUACGACCGGGGGUCCUGAGAGUAAGUUACUAUUUAACCUGAUUGAAUCCAUCUGCAAGGUCCAUGAUUCAGGAGACGAGAACAUUGAGCUCAUGGUGCUCAAAACCCUACUUUUGGGGGUUACUUCUGUAACUUUAAGGAUUCAUGGUGACUGCCUUUUGCAGAUUGUGAGGACUUGUUAUAAUGUUUAUUUGGGUAGCAAAAAUGUGGUCAAUCAGACGACGGCUAAGGCUUCGCUUAUACAAAUGCUUGUCAUAGUUUUCCGCAGAAUGGAGGCUGAUUCGUCGACUGUGCCGGUUCAGCCCAUUGUGGUUGCCGAUCUCAUGGAACCUGCUGAGAAGUCCGGUACUGAUGUAAAUAUGACUCAAAAUGUGCAGACCUUUAUCACCAAGAUUAUGCAGGAUAUCGAUGUGGUUUUGAACCCUUCACCGUUGAAAUCCAUUGGGGGACAUGAUGGUGCAUUUGACUCCACUGCGGUGGAGACAACAAAUCCCACUGAUCUGCUUGAGAGUACUGAUAAGGAUAUGCUGGAUGCCAAGUAUUGGGAAAUUAGUAUGUACAAGACUGCAUUGGAGGGCAGGAAGGGGGAGCUUGUUGAUGGGGAGCUGGAUCGGGACGGGGAUUUGGAAGUGAAGAUAAGUAAUAAGCUUAGAAGGGAUGCCUUUUUGGUUUUUAGAGCAUUGUGUAAGCUGUCCAUGAAGAGUCUGCCCCAGGAGGCUUCGUCAGAUCCAUUGCUUAUGAGAGGGAAGAUCGUUGCGUUGGAGCUGUUGAAAAUUCUGCUGGAAAAUGCUGGAGCUGUUUUCCGCACGAGCGAUAGGUUUCUUGGUGCCAUCAAACAGUAUCUUUGUCUAUCACUUUUGAAAAACAGUGCGUCAUCUCUCAUGAACAUUUUUCAACUUUCAUGCUCUAUUUUCAUGAGCUUGGUGUCAAGAUUUAGGGCAGGAUUAAAGGCUGAGAUUGGUGUUUUCUUUCCGAUGAUUGUACUUCGGGUUCUGGAAAAUGUGGCCCAGCCAAAUUUCCAGCAGAAAAUGAUAGUUCUUCGUUUCUUGGAGAAACUCUGUGUUGAUUCACAAAUUUUAGUGGAUGUUUUUAUCAAUUAUGAUUGCGAUGUGGAGUCAUCUAAUAUAUUUGAGAGGAUGGUCAAUGGGCUGUUAAAAACUGCUCAAGGAGUUCCCCCUGGUGCUGCCACUACAUUGUUGCCUGCCCAGGAUGCCACCAUGAAACUUGAAGCCCUCAAGUGUCUGGUAGGGGUGUUGAGAUCAAUGGGAGAUUGGAUGAACAGACAAUUGCGUAUUCCAGAUUCUCAUCUUUUGAAAAAUGUUGAAGUUGAUGAUGGAAAUACAGAGUAUGCUAAUAAUUCACAUUUAUCCAAUGAAGUAGGGGAGGAAUCUGUGGAUGGUGGGGAUUCCCAUCCUGAAACAGGGACGGAAACAUCUGAAGCUGCUUCAUUUGAGCAACGACGUGCAUAUAAGCUAGAACUUCAGGAAGGAAUCUCUCUUUUCAAUCGGAAGCCUCGCAAAGGCAUUGAGUUCCUUGUUAAUGCAAAGAAGGUGGGAGACUCGCCAGAGGAGAUAGCUGCAUUUCUUAAAAAUGUAUCUGGUUUGGACAAGACUUUGAUUGGUGACUAUUUGGGGGAAAGGGAUGAUUUUUCACUCAGGGUCAUGCAUGCAUAUGUUGACUCUUUUAAUUUUCAAGAUAUGCAAUUUGAUGAGGCACUUAGGCUCUUCUUACAAGGGUUCAGAUUGCCUGGAGAGGCCCAGAAAAUUGAUCGCAUUACAGAAAAGUUUGCAGAGCGCUAUUGCAAAUGCAACCCAAAGGCAUUUACUAGUGCAGACACAGCUUAUGUACUUGCUUAUUCUGUAAUAAUGCUCAAUACAGAUGCACACAAUCCAAUGGUGAAAAAUAAGAUGUCAAAGGCAGAUUUCAUACGAAAUAAUCGAGGUAUUGAUGAUGGGCAAGAUUUACCUGAAGACUAUCUGGGAUCCUUGUAUGAUCGUAUUGUGAAAAUAGAAAUUAAGAUGAAAGAUGAUACUUUGAUUCCUCAAAGUAAACUUCCGACAAAUUCAAACAAAAUUUUAGGUUUAGAUAGCAUACUCAAUAUUGUAAUUCGCAAACGAGGUGAAGGAAAAGAUCUGGAAACUAGUGAUGAUCUUAUUAGGCAUAUGCAAGAGCAGUUCAAGGCAAAGGCUAGCAAAUCUGAGUCUGUCUAUUAUGCUGCUACAGAUGUGGUGAUCUUAAAAUUCAUGGUGGAGGUGUGCUGGGCUCCGAUGCUGGCAGCAUUCAGUGUUCCUCUUGACCAAAGUGACGAUGAAGUUAUUACUUAUCAAUGUCUUCAAGGUUUUCGUUAUGCAGUUCAUGUCACCUCUGUCAUGUGUAUGCAAACGCAACGAGAUGCUUUUGUGACCUCAUUAGCAAAAUUUACAUCCCUUCACUCUGCUGCGGACAUAAGACAGAAAAACAUUGAUGCAAUCAAGGCAAUUGUCUCAAUAGCCGAUGAAGAUGGUAACUAUUUGCAAGAAGCAUGGGAACACAUUUUAACAUGUGUUUCACGAUUUGAACAUUUGCAUCUGCUAGGUGAGGGCGCUCCUCCAGAUGCAACCUUCUUUGCUUUACCUCAGAAUGAAUUGGAAAAGGCAAAACAGUCAAAGUCGAGUAUUCUUCCUGUCCUAAAGAAGAAGGGCCCUGGUCGGUUGCAAUAUGCAGCUGCUGCUGCUCGGCGCGGUUCAUAUGACAGUGCUGGUGUUGGGGGUCAUGCUUCAGGAGUAGUUACAACAGAGCAGAUGAAUAAUCUGGUUACCAAUUUGAACAUGCUUGAACAGGUUGGAAGCUUCGAAAUGAAUCGCAUAUUCACACGAAGCCAAAAGCUGAACAGUGAGGCAAUAGUUGAUUUUGUAAAGGCUCUUUGUAAAGUUUCUAUGGAGGAGCUCCGCUCUCCUGCAGAUCCUCGAGUUUUUAGCCUCACUAAAAUUGUGGAGAUUGCACAUUACAACAUGAACCGAAUCAGACUAAUCUGGUCUCGGAUUUGGAGUGUGCUUUCUGAUUUCUUUGUUACAAUUGGAUGCUCUGAAAAUUUAUCCAUUGCUAUUUUUGCAAUGGAUUCUCUGCGACAACUUGCUAUGAAGUUCUUAGAACGUGAAGAGUUGGUUAAUUAUAAUUUCCAGAAUGAAUUCAUGAAGCCAUUUGUCAUUGUCAUGCGGAAGACAAAUUCUGUUGAAAUUAGAGAGCUGAUCAUUAGAUGUGUUUCUCAAAUGGUUUUUGCUCGUGUCAAUAAUGUGAAGUCAGGUUGGAAAAUUAUGUUCAUGGUUUUCACAACAGCAGCAUCGGAUGAGCACAAGAAUAUUGUGCUUUUAGCCUUUGAGACCAUUGAAAAGAUAGUGCGAGACUACUUUCCUUAUAUAACUGAGACAGAGACAACAACCUUUACAGAUUGUGUUAACUGUUUGAUUGCGUUUACGAACAGCAGGUUCAACAAAGAUGUUAGCUUGAAUGCAAUUGCAUUCCUUCGAUUCUGUGCUCUAAAACUUGCUGAAGGGGAACUUGGCUGUUCUGCAAAGAACAAGGAAAAAGAAAAGGCUGGGAAGCCAGUUUCCUCAUCAUCUAGUACAGCAAAGGAUGAAAAUUCAGUUGGUCCAACAUUUACUGAUAGAGAAGAUCAUUUGUAUUUUUGGUUCCCUUUAUUGGCAGGAUUAUCAGAACUUACAUUUGAUCCCAGGGCGGAUAUUAGAAAAAGUGCAUUGCAGGUGCUUUUUGACACACUUCGCUAUCAUGGGCAUUUAUUCUCACCAGCUCUUUGGGAGCGUGUGUAUGACUCAGUUCUCUUUCCAUUAUUUGAUUACGUUCGGCAUGCCAUUGAUCCGGCUGGAUUCAAAGUACAUGGAGAUGGAUCAGAACAUGAACUCAAAGAUAUAGAAGAAGAUGCUUGGCUUUAUGAAACAUGCACAGUAGCUCUGCAACUUGCUGUAGAUCUCUUUGUCAAGUUUUACAAUACAGUAAAUCCUAUACUAAAGAAAGUAUUGACACUCCUGAUCAGUUUUAUAAAGCGACCUCAUCAAAGUUUGGCAGGAAUUGGUGUUGCUGCCUUUGUUCGUUUGAUGAGCAAUGCUGGAGGCUUAUUCUCAGACGAAAAAUGGCAGGAAGUUGUAUUAUCAUUAAAAGAAGCAGCUAUAGAAACACUACCUGACUUUGCUACAAUUGUCCAUAGCAUGGAGGAUAUUGAUAUUGGAAGUGCUGCAGAUUCUCUAACACCAACUUAUGGAGCUUCGUCUGAUGCAUCAAUUACUACUGAAGAAAUGGAAGCACAGAGGCAUAGCAAGUUAGAACUUGCGAUCUCCGAUACCAAAUGUCGCACUGCAGUGCAACUUCUUCUGAUCCAGGCUAUGAUGGAGAUUUAUAAUAUGCACAGAGAACAGCUGUCAGCAUCUAACAUGAUGGUUCUUGUUGAGACACUUCAUGCUGUGGCAGUCCAUGCACACAAAGUUAAUAGUGACCACACAUUACGUUCAAAGCUGCAAGAAGUUGGUUCAUUGACACAGAUGCCGGAUCCCCCUUUACUGAGACUUGAAAGUGAGUCAUACCAGGCAUGUCUGAAUUUGCUGCAGAAUGUAAUUGUUGAUAAGUCUGUACUCAGUAAAGAGGUAGAUGUAGAGGCUUGUCUUGUACAGUUGUGUGAAGAAGUUUUGCACGUGUAUAUUGACACUGCAAGCUCUGUAUCUAUUCCUGAAUCUCAUAAUGGACAUUUGAAGCCUCAUUGGAUAAUACCAUUGGGCUCUGCAAGGAGAAGAGAAUUAGCAUCCCGUGCUCCUUUAGUAGUUGCAACUUUACAAGUCAUCAGUGGACUGAAGGACUCAUCAUUUGAUAAAUCCUUAUCUCGAUUUUUCCCAUUAUUGGCAAGUUUAAUCAGUUGCGAGCAUGGUUCGGGAGAAGUACUAUCAGCAUUGAGUGAGAUGUUGAGUUCAUGGGUUGGUCCAAUUUUGCUUCGAGCUUGAUGGAUUUUGCAUGUAUGUUUCUAAGGUAGUCAUGCAGGGAAUUGAUUAGAUAUUGACUGUGUUGUAGUUUCUCAAAAGAUUUUGGCUAUUGUCAAGGAUUAUUUUUGGUAAUGCAACCACCUAGACACUGCUGUAAGCUAUUUCUGGCUAUACGCGGUAUUCAGUUCUGGAUAUCCUGAAGUUGAGGCUACUUGAGGAGAUGUGUAGAAUGUUUUAAUUUAUGGGUUUGCGGCCAUGUACAAUAGUUUUUUUUAGAUUUUGUCUUCUGUUGUUAUUCUUUACUUGGUAUUAUUUUGCAUAAGAAAUUGAUUGUAUGCCUUAGCCCCUCCUGUCGGGCUGUUGAGCUUCUUAACAAAUUCUCUGCUUCUGUAUACAAGUCUCUAAUAAUGAAAAAAGUCUAAUGUGGAA